UAUCUCACGACUUCACCGUCUUCUCUCUCUCUCUCAACAAUUUCCAGUUCGGCGAAAAAUGGGGAAGAAGAAAUUCAUCGACAAGAAAAAAUCGGCGACCUUCCAAUUAGUCGCCCGCGACUCGUCCGAUCCCAACUACGAUGACUCACCCGGCAAUGACCGAGUCUUUGUACGAGUCGACAACAGCAGCUACUCCGUCGACAGCUUGUUCCCGGAGGAUAACCCUGACCACGGCUCCGGUGCCGACGGAUACAACGAUGACCCUAAUUCGAUAUACGCCGAUGCGCCCGAGGAUGGCGGCGGCGGGGACUAUGGCCAUGGUUACGGGAGCUCGGCGGCGUCAUCGGCAGCUCAGCCUUUGCCUGACAACGUAAGGAAGGAGAUUCUGGAGCUAGGGUUUCCAGACGACGGUUACAAUUACUUGCUGCAUAUGAGGGAGAUCAGGAAUACUGGCGGCGGUUCUGCGUUUUAUCAGAAUUCAAAGGCUAAGCUGGGUGAGCUCCCGCGCGAUGAAAAGGCAUAUGAUGCUUCGAGGUUGCGCAUUUCGGAAACCGAAGCUCCGAACGAGAAGGUUAUUUACAGUGUGGCUUCUAAGACGGUUAAUGUAAGGGUUCAGAAAGUGGUUGAUCCAGAAGUGUCUAAAUUGCUUGAUGAUAGUGAUGUUUCGAGGUUUGGUUCUGAUGUUGAGGACUUGGAAGAAGAUUUCGUGGUUCAGGCUAACCAACCCGAAGAAGAGGAAGAAGAGGAGGAGGAGGAGGAGGAGGAUGGUGUUAUAGAUAAUACGGCAAGUUUUGUCGAACAACCUGAGAACAAAAAUGUGAGCAAUGAAGCAAAUGGAGCACGAAAAAAUAGCGUGGUUGAAGCAAAGGAUCACUCUGUGGUUGAAAAGCCACGAGUUCAUCGCCUUUUGGAUGAGCAAUUUGAAUUGCUUGUAGGUCAGGAGUAUGGCAGUUAUGACAAUGACGAUGAUGAUGAUUAUGGUUAUAUACCUGAAGAAGAUGAGUCCCUUGCAGAGAAGCUCAAACAUGCCACCCUUAAUGAGCAUGUGAUGGAUGACUUAGAGCUGGAUGGAAAUUACAAGGCUCCUGCAGAUUUGUUGCGGGAUAACGAGACAGUAAAAACGAAAGAGCUAGUGGACUCUGCUAAUGACCUUAUUCGGCGCUGUGCGGAAUAUGCUGAGAAAUAUGAGAACGAAGAUCAAGAUGGAGACGUGGUCAUUGUAGAAGAGUCUAGCGAUGAAUCAGAGGUGUGGGACUGUGAGACCAUUGUUACAACAUAUUCAAAUCUUGAUAACCACCCUGGAAAAAUUGAAGCUCCAGGAGCAACUAGAAGGAAGAAGCUUUCUGAAACGGUUUCUGGAGCCUUGGGUUCCACCGAUCGUGUGAUAACUCUUCGAGGAAAACAGAAGUUGCCCGUGGACUUCCUGCCUCAUGGUAAAAAAGCUACUUCUGAGAAGGUGAAAGACACGGGUGCCUUGAAAAAUCAGCCGCUGAAAAGGAAGCAGCACGGUCAGGAGUCAAAGGAGGAGAAGAAAGAGCGAAAGGCUGCUGUUAAGGAGGAAAGGCGUGAAGCACGCCGCACUAAAAAAGAAAUAAAGGAACUCUACAAGGGUGAAGCACAGCAUGCCCAGAGAGUAGUUGCUAUUUCGGGCCCUUCUUCUAUUCAUCUAAUGUGAUUGUGCCAAUCAUUAAGUUAUUUCUCUAGGUUAGACUUAAGAGAGCACAGGAUAAUUGUCAAGAAGGCGGUAUCCCAUGAGCUUCCACAUUUCACAACACCAAGAAGACACAUACAGAUAAUUUACGACCAACCAUGUUAAACGAGGCACUGUAUGUUUCAUCCUCAUUGCCUUGAUUUUUUUUAGUAUAGAAUUCAAGUGACAUUGGGAUCGAGUAUAAUUUAUGUUCGGAAAGCUUGGUUUCUGAUGUUUUUGGCCGGUCAUAAAACAUGCCUCGAGUUCUUUAUACGCAUAUGUAAUGUAGCAAGAGAUGAAAGAUCCGUUACAAAGCAUGGAUGAUAAACAUCGUUCUUCCCAUAAUUUUCUAAUGUAUUUCUUUGAUUUGUCA